UAAAGCCUAUGUCGCUAUACGACUCGUCGCUACUCGACCAAUUUCUGCCUCAGUACUAUAAACGAAUAUUUCCGUUUAAGCCAUAUGUAAAAUGGUUGUGCUACAAUCGAAAACCUGAGGAGUACUUUGCGAAACGUGAGUUUGCAUUCAUUUUGGAGGGAGAUGUGCACCUUCGUUAUCGUAGUUUCGAUAAUCAGGCCGAAUUCGAAAAUGAGUUGUGCAAGAUCAGUCCUCAUAAGCUGGAUAUUGGAGCGUUCUAUUCGCAUAAGCCCAAGGACAAUAAGAAACAUUCAGAUUUCAAGGCACUUGAGAGGGAACUUGUCUUCGACAUCGAUCUAACUGAUUAUGGCAGUGUUCGAAAGUGCUGCUCGUGGGUGCCAUUGGUUGUUACUUCAGGAUUUGUAGUAUCAGAUUUCAGGGAAGCAAAAGUAUGUGAAAAGUGUUGGCGUUUCAUUUCCGUUGCCGUUCAAGUGCUUGAUAAACUACUAGAAGGUGAUUCUACUUGUGCACCUGGUUCCAAUAUUCAGCAUUUUGGAUUCACAGCACGAAUGUGGGUGUUUUCCGGUCGACGUGGUGUGCAUUGUUGGGUCGGGGACGAAAAAGCAAGGAAGUUAACAAAUGCUGGACGUUCUGCAGUUGCUGAGUAUCUAUCUCUGAUCGUAGUUUUGGAGCAGGGAUGGCUAGAACUCGAGGCAGCACUCUCAAUCCUGAAACAUUGCGAAGAUCCUGAACUAAGGGCCACUCUUCAUUCCCAGUUCGAAGAGUGGGUAGCGUCUCUAGUAACGUUCACUACAUCAGCAAAAGUAACAAGCGAUCUUGGUAAAAAUUUCCUUCGUUGGUUCGUCUUAUGGCAUACGUACCCUCGUUUGGAUGUCAAUGUAUCCACAGGACUAAAUCAUCUGCUUAAGUCGCCGUUUUGUAUACACCCGAAAACGGGGAAUGUUGCCGUCCCUCUUGAUGUGGGCAAAAUUAGUCAGUUUGACGUAUCAACGUGUCCACGUAUCGAGUGA